AUGGCGGGUUUCUCAUUCUACUGCCUUAUAAACCCACCAAUUCUCUUUACUCUUCCGUCGGAAUCACCUCUCUCUCUCUUGGGUUCCGGCAAGGAUUCGCCGGCGACGAUACGGCGAGCCAGAAGGAUCGGUGAGCUCUUCGUAUCGCACGCGCACUCUAACCCGAAGAUAAUCAAGCCGAAGAAGAAGUCCAAGUAUGGGGAAACGUUAUCUCCCUAUGACAGUGAUGAAGAGGAACAGCUGGACGAUGAGAGUGAUGAAGACGAUGAUGACUGGUUACUUAACGAUGACUUCGCAGAGGUCGCAGAGUAUGAAAGGAAGAAACCUAAGUCACAGAGGCAAACCAUUGUUAAGAAAGUUGUGAAGAAGGAGACCGUGACAAGUUGGGAGAAACCUGAAGAAAGCGAGACUGAGGAAGACGAAUUAGACAUUGACAUUACUCGAAAUGCCUCAGAGAAGAAGAAGGAGAAGGACUCUUGGCGUUUAGAUGGCCGAGGAAAGAUGAGCUCGAGGAAGUAUGUGGAGAAACUAUACCCUAAGCUCUCAGAAGAGAUUGAUAUAGAUCCGAAAUGGGUACCUCUCCUGGACUACUUGAGCACGUUUGGUCUAAAAGAGUCCCACUUUGUUCAAAUGUAUGAGAGACACAUGCCGUCGCUUCAGAUCAACGUGUUAUCAGCGCAAGAGAGGCUCGAUUACUUACUUAGCGUCGGUGUCAAACACAGAGAUAUCAAGAGGAUGCUUCUGAGACAACCGCAGAUACUUCAAUACACGGUUGAGAACAAUCUCAAAGCUCACAUUUCCUUUCUGAUGGGACUUGGGAUCCCCAAUUCCAAAAUAGGACAGAUCGUUGCUGUAACUCCGUCUCUGUUCUCUUACAGUGUCGAGAACUCGUUGAGACCAACGAUAAGGUAUUUGAUCGAAGAGGUUGGGAUAAACGAAAACGAUGUGGGGAAAGUCGUGCAGCUGAGUCCUCAAAUUCUGAUUCAGAGGCUGGACAUAACGUGGAACACUCGUUACAUGUUCCUCUCCAAGGAGUUAGGAGCGCCUAGAGACAGUGUAGUGAAGAUGGUGAAGAAACAUCCGCAGCUUCUUCACUACAGUAUCGAUGACGGAUUCUUGCCUCGGAUCAAUUUCCUUAGGAGCAUUGGGAUGUGCAAUUCUGAUAUCUUGAAAGUCUUGACUAGCCUUACACAGGUUUUGUCUCUGUCACUAGAAGACAAUCUGAAGCCUAAGUACAUGUAUUUGGUCAAUGAGCUGAAGAAUGAAGUGCACAUUUUGACUAAAUAUCCAAUGUACUUGAGCUUAUCCUUGGAUCAGAGGAUACGUCCGAGGCACCGGUUCUUGGUUGAGUUGAAGAAAGUGCGGAAAGGUCCGUUCCCUCUUAGCUCUUUGGUGCCAAACGAUGAAAGCUUUUGUCAGCAAUGGGCUGGAACUAGUGUAGAUAAGUAUCUCGCCUUUCGUCAGAGACUUUUACUCAAGGAGUUUGCAAACAAGUAUGAGAAGAGAGGAUGA